AUGUCACUUUUUCAUUAUGUGGAUGAACAAGCUGUGUUGAGAUGGUGGAAUAGUAGGAAUUUACAAAUAUUGUUUGUCUUUAGCUCGGCGAGGUUUACUGUUCUUAGACUCUGCAACUGUGAAAUGGUUGGAGCACCAGCUCGUGUCGGAUUGGUUGCUCCAAUUGAUGUCGUCGUCCUCAACAUCCCAACCAAGAUUAACAAGGGUACAGUCGAAAUCAUAACCCCAGUCGAGCUCAUCAAGAAAGGCGAAAAGGUGGGCUCCUCUGAAGCUGCCCUCCUUGCCAAGCUCGGUAUCAGGCCCUUCUCAUACGGACUUGUUGUCAUCUCUGUUUAUGACAAUGGGUCUGUGUUCAGCCCAGAAGUUCUCGACUUGACUGAAGAUGAUCUUAUUGAGAAAUUUGCUUUGGGUGUCACAAUGGUCACCUCACUUUCACUCGCCAUCUCUUAUCCUACACUUGCUGCAGCUCCUCACAUGUUUAUCAAUGCUUAUAAGAAUGUGUUGGCUUUUGCUGUGGCCACCGAUUAUUCUUUCCCACAGGCUGAAAAAGUCAAAGAAUAUCUUGCAGAUCCAAGCAAGGUUGCUGUGGUGUCGACACCUGUUGUGUUGGCUGAUGGUGGUGCCGCCCUUGCUAGUGGUGGUGCCGCCAAGGAGGAGGAGAAGAAAGAGGAGCCUGCUGAGGAGUCGGAUGAUGAUAUGGGUUUUAGCCUUUUCGAUUAAUCAAGAUUGUUAUUCGGUUGCAGUUGAACAAAGCUUCGUUUUUAUGGACUUCAUUGCUCGGUUGUUUGUUUCUUGUUUCUUUUGGCGCUUAGUGUUUGUGUUUGGCGAGUUGUUUCUGUCGAUUUUUAUAGCUUUUCUUCUUGAUCUUGGUGGACUGUUAAAGCAAAAACAUUUUUUUUUUUUUUUCACUUU